AUGUCCGAAGCCUACGAGCGCGAACGACAAAACAACGACUCCCUCUCCGCCCUCUCCUCCAAAGUCACCGCCCUGCGAAACGUCACGAUCGAUAUCUACGACAAUGCGCGGGACCAACACGUCAUCGACUCCACCUCCGACACCUUCAGCAACAUGACCACUUCUCUGAAAGGAUCCGCGAGACGGCUAGGGACCAUGGCGGGUCAGGGGAACAAAGUCGCCGUGUUGAAGUUGGCGGGGAUUCUGGUGGGGGUGUGUUUGGUCGUAUAUUGGUUGUUGCGGUGGAUUUUUUGA